CUGACUCCCAGGGUGCAGCAUCUGGCGGCAUGAACGCGAGCGCCGCCUCGCUCAACGAGUCCCAGGUGGUGGCCGUGGCGGCCGAGGGCGCGGCGGCGGCGGCCACAGCAGCAGGGGCCCCGGACACCGGUGAAUGGGGACCGCCUGCAGCAGCCGCGGCCCUGGGAGGCGGUGGAGGACCUAACGGGUCACUGGAGCUGUCUUCGCAGUUGCCGGCGGGGCCAUCCGGACUGCUGCUGUCGGCAGUGAAUCCCUGGGAUGUGCUGCUCUGCGUGUCCGGGACAGUGAUCGCGGGCGAAAACGCGCUGGUGGUGGCGCUCAUCGCGUCCACUCCCGCACUGCGCACGCCCAUGUUCGUGCUCGUAGGUAGUCUGGCCACCGCCGACCUGCUGGCGGGCUGUGGCCUCAUCCUGCACUUCGUGUUCCAGUACGUGCUGCCUUCGGAGACUGUGAGCCUGCUCACCGUGGGCUUCCUGGUGGCCUCCUUCGCCGCCUCGGUCAGCAGCCUGCUAGCCAUCACGGUGGACCGUUACCUGUCCCUCUACAACGCGCUCACCUACUACUCGCGCCGGACCCUGUUGGGCGUGCACCUCCUGCUGGCCGCCACCUGGACAGUGUCCUUAGGAUUGGGGUUGCUGCCGGUGCUGGGCUGGAACUGCUUGGCCCAGCGCUCGUCCUGCAGUGUGGUGCGCCCGCUGACACGCAGCCACGUGGCGCUGCUCUCCACUUCCUUCUUUGUGGUCUUCGGCAUCAUGCUACACCUGUACGUGCGGAUCUGCAAGGUGGUCUGGCGCCAUGCUCACCAGAUCGCGCUGCAGCAACACUGCCUGGCGCCGCCCCAUCUCGCCGCCACCAGGAAGGGCGUGGGAACUCUGGCCGUGGUGCUAGGCACCUUUGGGGCCAGCUGGCUGCCCUUCGCCAUCUAUUGUGUGGUGGGUAGCCAUGAGGACCCAGCCAUCUACACCUACGCCACCCUGCUGCCCGCCACCUAUAACUCCAUGAUCAAUCCCAUUAUCUAUGCCUUCCGAAACCAGGAGAUCCAGCGUGCCUUGUGGCUCCUGUUCUGUGGCUGUUUCCAGUCCAAAGUGCCCUUCCGCUCCAGGUCCCCCAGUGAGGUCUGAAGGGCUUGCUUCGUGUCCCCUCACCAACACCACAUCCCCAACGAGCCAGCCUUUGGUGCGCUGCUUGGUGCCUGCUGAUAAACUCUGAAAUCCCAAUGGUGUGAAUCUGACUUUGGGGGAAAAGGAGGGACUAGACAUAAAUGCAGCAAACUCACAUAGACAAAGAGGCUUGUUGGCACUUUACAUAUACAGUGUAUACAUGUGUACAUAUAUAUACAAAUAUUUGUAUCUUCUGAAGGUGUUCAGGAUGUGGAGCUUCCUGUUCUGUGAAAAACUAACAAAAAGAUGUGGUUGUAUACUCAAAUCGUACAUCACAUUUGUCAAGUGAAGACAUUCCAAUACUGCUUAAUAAUAGCACUUUAUUUUUAGCUGCUGAAAUGCCAAAACAGUGUUGCCAUUUUCAAAGGCAGGAGAAAGGGAAUCAAAGAUGUAUUUUUGUUGUAUGUGAUAGAAUAUUUUGCUGCACAUGCAUCAACAAAUUACAACAUAUUUUGUACACAAAUAAACACAUUAUAAAAAUAU